AUGCCGACCACGAGCGAUAAACUCCGCACCGGCGGAUCAGCCAAACAAGAGAUAAUGGACGGAGGAACCACGGCCGACGACAGCAGCGCAGACGAAAUCGAAACCGUCCGAGGAACCCCCCGAACACGACGCCGGGGUACCUUCUCGGACACCGCCGCACUACUCGAUACCGUCCGCAAGUGGGGGUGCCAGUUCGACGGAAAGGACGGCGUCGCCUUCCUGGAGCGUCUUGAGGAUUUACGCCUUAGUUACGGGCUGACGCAGGCCCAAUUACAACGGUGCCUCCCGCUGCUUUUUAAAGACCAGGCGCUACUUUGGUAUCGCAACAACCGGGACGACUGGCGGAGCUGGGCGGACUUCGAAAAAGAUUUUCGGCGAUACUUCGUGCCCACCAAGACCCGCUUCGAGCUAGAGGCCGAAAUCGCCCGCAGAACGCAGGGGCCGAACGAGACCACACGGGAGUACGUGACGGCACUCCAGACUUUGAUGCGCCGCCACGGAGGAAUAACCGCGGAGGACCGCCUGGAGCGCAUCUAUCAUAACUUGCGGCCGGAGUACCACCUAUAUGCGCGCCGCAAUGACUUCCUCGACCUCCCGGGACUACUGCGGCUCACCGAUGACUACGAGCGCGCCAGGCGCUAUGAACGGGAAUAUCAACCACCGAAGGGCAAGGAGAAGCCGAAGACCGCCGCCGCCGCCAUCAUCCCCGCGUACGACUUCCUGCGGAAAAGAGGGGGUACUCACCCGGAACUGCCACGGCACGCCGGGAAACGCCAAGCGGGCCGAAGAGAACGAGGGGGCCUCCCGGUCUACUGCCAGCCCGGACACCGGCACGUAAAAGCCCAGCUACCGAGCAUUAGCCCCCGAGACAAACAAACCGAUCCGCGACCCUGGGGGACCAUCGAGAUCGCCGGGCAGCAACACGACGCUCUACUAGACUGCGGCGCAAUUCUGUCGUACGUGGCCGAGGAUACCGCCGAGCGCAUACGACCCUACGCUCAGGUCCGCCGCAUCGCCGCCGCCGUACAACUGGCCGACGGACGAACCGGCCAGAUCAACGAGGAAAUGCGCGUCCACAUACGCCUGGGGCACUAUCACGGACUGCAGACUUUCCAUGUGCUGCCAGGGCUGACCUCCACCGUGAUCGCCGGCGUCCACCUGCUGCACAAAGCCGGGUUCCGCUGGAGCCUCCCUACGAUCGCCGCCUUACGACCCGCCGAGACAUCUACCGCUGAACCAACCACCGGACUCACCGCCUGCUCCGAUGAACAAAACGCGGAACUACAAGCACUGCUGGACGAGUUCUUGCCGAAAUUCACACAACUAAGGGGCACCACGCCGCUCACCGAACACCGCAUCCGCCUAAAAAGUGACCAGGAACCAAUACGGCAGCGAUACCGAACGUUUAACCCCGCUCUACAGGGGAUCAUUGACAAAGAGAUCGACGAGAUGCUGCACGAAGGACACAUCGAGCCUACCAGCAGUCCCUGGAAUUCCGGCGUGGUCUUGGCAAAGAAGAAAGACGGACGGUACCGCUUCUGCAUUGACUUUCGUAAGGUCAACGAAGUCACGGUACGAGAUGCCUACCCGCUACCACCAGUGCAACACAUUCUCGACCAACUACGAGAAGCCCGUUUCUUAUCAACCAUCGAUCUCAAGAACGGCUACUGGCAAGUCGCCCUGCACCCGGACAGCCGACCGAUGACCGCCUUCGCCAUACCAGGGAGGGGGCAGUUCCGUUUCACAGUGAUGCCCUUCGGACUCCACGCCGCACCAGCUACAUUCCAGCGACUGCUGGACCGCGUUAUCGGCCCGGACAUGGAGCCGCGAGCUUUCGCCUACCUCGACGACAUAGUGGUGCUCGGAAGGACAUUUAACGAACACCUCCGCAAUCUCCGCGAGGUACUGCAACGGUUGCUAGACGCAAACCUGAAGAUCAACACGGACAAGUGCCACUUCGCGCGGCCCAGCCUAAAAUAUCUCGGACACGUCGUCGACCAGGAGGGACUAAGAACUGACCCGGACAAAGUAAAGGCCAUCAUGGAGAUCCCGCCGCCCGCCUCCCUACCGGCCCUCCGACGAUUUCUAGGAAUGACUUCCUGGUACCGCCGCUUCAUUCCCGGCAUAGCAACACUGGCCGCACCGUUAAACGACCUCCUCCGGAAAAACAGGCGAUGGGAGUGGACCGCCAGCCAGCAACGGGCCUUCGAAGACAUACGAAACAGCCUCGCCUCCGCACCAGUACUUCAUUGCCCGGACUUCUCGGCCACUUUCGUCCUGCAGACAGACGCCAGCGACGCAGGACUAGGGGCAGUCCUAACACAGACGAUCGAGGGACAGGAGCGCGUGGUCGCAUAUGCAAGCAGAGCAUUGAGACAACCUGAGAAGCACUAUUCCGCAACCGAGAAAGAGUGCCUCGCGGUCGUAUGGGGCAUAGAGAAAAUGCGGCCGUACCUGGAAGGAUAUCGGUUCCGUGUCAUCACCGACCACUUCUCUCUCCGCUGGCUCCGCUCGCUGGAAAACCCGACCGGCCGCUUGGCACGAUGGGCAGUGGCCCUACAACAACACGACUUCAAGGUAGAGUACCGGAAAGGCGCCCUCAAUUACGUGCCCGACGCCUUGUCGCGUCAGCCCCUAGAGGAGGGGGAGGAUGAAGAGGAGAACGACAACACCGGACAAGCACUGGCAGCCGUGACACCGACAUGCAAGUGGCAUCAGCGUACGAUGCAGACCGUUCGGGAAAAACCAGAGAAGCUGCCAGACUAUUCAAUACAGAAUGGCAACCUGUACCGCCACUUUCACGAGCGCCAUUCCACCGAUGACAACGACGAACCGACCGCAUGGAAGCUUGCGUACCGCAACAACAGAGACAAGAAGUCCUGA